UUCAUUCAUUGUAGUUUCCCUCUUCUUCCUCCUCUUUCGUUCCUCCUUUUUUUCACUUUUCGCCCCUUUUACGAAGCGCGCCGUUAGUCUCUGCGACCCGAAAUCCGAACCCGAAUUGGUUUCAAUCUCCGAGAGAGAGAGAGAGAGAGAGAGAGAAACCCCGACCUAGCUCGCAGAAUCUACUGCCACUUCUCGCUCUUCAAUCGAAUUGUAUUGCUGGUUUCCUUGCUAUGGCUGCCACAGCAACUGCAUCUUCGAUGGGUCCGCGCUAUGCACCAGCAGACCCGACACUCCCUAAACCAUGGCGAGGUCUUGUGGAUGGCAAGACUGGGUAUCUUUACUUUUGGAAUCCUGAGACUAAUGUCACCCAGUAUGAGAGGCCCUCCUCAAGCUCAACUGCCCAGCCAAAGUCUUCUUCAGUGCCCAAUUCUUCUGUCCAGGUUCAACAAUCGUCUCAAGGGUCGCAAUGUGGUCAUAGUCCUGAUUUCAGUGAUAGGUAUGAUAGAAAUGGCAGUGGUGGGUCUAACGAAGCUGGAUCACGGAAUAAUCAGAAGAGUUCCAAAGGGGGAAGUUAUGCUUCUCAUGAUGUUUCAAAUGGAACACAUGUUGCUGGCAAUGUUGAUUCUUCUGUCAGAGGUCAUGGGGCUUCGGAUGCUGGAGCUGGACUAUCUCCUGAGUCUUAUCGACAUCGGCAUGAAAUAUCUGUGACUGGAGACAAUGUACCUCCACCCCUUGCAUCAUUUGGGUCAACUGGCUUUCCAUCUGAGCUUCUGAGAGAGGUACAAAAUGCUGGGUUCUCAGCCCCAACUCCAAUUCAGGCACAGUCAUGGCCCAUUGCUCUUCAAGGUAGAGAUAUAGUUGCCAUUGCUAAAACAGGCUCAGGGAAAACCUUGGGGUAUUUAGUUCCGGCAUUUAUUCACCUCAAGCGCUCUGGCAAUAACUCCAAAAUGGGCCCCACUGCAUUGGUACUUUCACCAACAAGGGAGUUGGCAACACAGAUACAAGAUGAAGCUGUGAAAUUUGGGAAAUCAUCUAGAAUUUCAUGUGCUUGUUUGUAUGGAGGAGCACCAAAGGGUCCUCAACUGAGAGACAUUGAUCGUGGAGCAGAUAUUGUGGUAGCCACUCCUGGUCGCUUGAAUGAUAUUCUUGAGAUGAGAAGAAUUAGUCUUAAUCAGGUUUCUUACCUGGUGCUAGAUGAGGCAGACAGGAUGCUGGAUAUGGGUUUUGAACCUCAAAUUAGGAAAAUUGUGAAUGAGGUGCCUAAUCGCAGGCAAACUCUAAUGUUUACUGCAACAUGGCCAAAGGAGGUUAGGAAAAUUGCAGCUGAUCUGCUAGUCAAGCCUGUACAGGUGAACAUUGGGAAUGUAGAUGAGCUUGUUGCUAAUAAGUCCAUUACUCAGCAUGUUGAAGUAUUGCCACCAAUGGAGAAACAAAGACGGCUGGAACAUAUUUUGCGGUCACAGGAUUCAGGAUCAAAGAUAAUUAUUUUUUGUUCUACCAAGAAAAUGUGUGAUCAACUUGCUCGUAAUCUGACACGUCAGUUUGGAGCUGCUGCUAUUCAUGGGGAUAAAUCCCAGGCUGAGAGGGAUCAUGUGUUGAAUCAGUUUCGAACUGGGAGGUCUCCUGUGCUUGUGGCCACAGAUGUUGCUGCCCGGGGACUGGAUAUCAAGGACAUUAGGGUGGUUGUCAAUUAUGACUUCCCUACAGGAGUGGAAGAUUAUGUUCAUAGGAUUGGAAGGACUGGAAGAGCUGGAGCCACUGGGCUAGCUUACACUUUCUUUGGUGACCAUGAUGCUAAAUAUGCUUCAGAUCUCAUCAAAGUUUUGGAAGGUGCAAACCAGAAGGUGCCUCCAGAACUUCGUGAUAUGUCAUCACGGAGUGGUGGUGGGAUGGGCAGAUCCAGACGAUGGGGUUCUGGUGGACGAGGUGGUGAUUCUGGAUAUGGUGGAAGGAAUAAUGACUCUGGAUAUGGUGGAAGGGGUAAUGAUGCGGGAUACGGUGGACGAGGUAGUGAUUCAAAUUAUGGAGGGAGGGGUACUUCUGCUUCUGGCAGAGGUGGAGGCCGUGGGUUUGACUAUGAGUCCCAGAGGAAUGAUAGGGAUCGGAGCCCAGACAAGGGAUCAAGUUGGAGUGAUCGCUUCAAAAGCGUCAACCGGGAUCGCAGUCGUAGUCCUAACAGGGCCGCAUUACCUCAACAUUCCCAAGGUGGCAGCUUUCACAAGGCAAUGAUGGAACGUGGUGGAUGGGAUAGUGAUCGCAACAAGAGCUUUAACCGGGACCGAAGCCGCAGUCCUAGCCCUCAUAGACAGGUGAAGGGCCCAGCAGUUCGCGAACAUUCCCCAGUUUACAGUUUUCAUCGAUCAAUGAUGGGACGAGGUCAAUCAUCUCCGUCAUCUCAACGGCAGCGUGCAUGCAGUCCUCACCGAAACUCAACCCCCUCCCAGGGUGAUGGAAGACAUGGUGGAUCUCAUUCAUCUUACAAUGGAGAAGUGGAGGAAGGGAUGAUUCCCGAGGAAGAAGGAAUGAUAGGUCAAGAUGAUCCUGUAAAUGUGGAUUAGGAUUUUGGUUAUCCAGACACUAUCUACACAUAAAUACUAAGGUUGUUUUGGUCUUAUUACAUUAGUGGAAGGGAAUUGUUAUUGGAACAUGAGCAAGUUAGGAUUUGGUAGUGGAAUUCAUGGCAAAUAUAUAUUUUGAGGGGCUUUGUAGAAGCCUGGAAAUUGCAUAGAUGAACCUAGUAAGAAUAUUGCGGGGUUUUUUUUGUUAUUUUGGUAAAACUCGACUUCAUAUAGAUGAACAGAAAUUAUUCAACUACUAUCAUUUUGAUGUUGUAUUCCUCCACUUUUCUGAGUGGCAGCAUGUUAUUAUUGAAAUCUAUUGGAUCAUAUGUUGCCGGCUUCUUCUACA